UGCGCACCCCUUGUUUUGAAGUUUCAAGGCCAUGGCAUCUGAGAGCCACUCCCACGAUCACGGCCAUGGCCACGACGACGACUACGGCCAUGGCCACAACUAUUCUCACGGAGGUGGACACGGAAAAGAAGAACACCAAGCAGAUUCGCAGAACCCGACCUUCGCAGAACACGGCCACACUCACGAACACAUGGACCACCCGGGCUUCUUCGCCGACCGUGAGCCCCCUCAGCCCGACCGCGCUCUCGCAGAGCGUUCUUAUACCGUGGGCAUCGGCGGACCGGUGGGAAGUGGGAAGACUGCGUUGAUGCUGGAGCUGUGCAAGCUGCUUCGCGACGAGUUGAGCAUAGGGGCGGUGACGAACGACAUCUUCACUCGCGAGGACGCCGAGUUCCUGACGAAAAACUCCGCCCUCGAGGAGGGGAGGAUUCUCGCUAUCGAGACUGGAGGGUGCCCCCACGCGGCCAUCCGAGAAGACAUUAGCGCCAACCUCGGGGCAUGCGAAACGCUGACCGCCAGGCAUGAGACCGAUAUCAUCCUCGUCGAGUCGGGGGGGGACAACCUCGCCGCGAACUACAGCCGGGAGCUGGCGGACUACAUUAUCUACGUCAUCGACGUCGCCGGGGGGGACAAGGUGCCCAGAAAGGGCGGGCCAGGCAUCACCCAGUCCGACCUUCUCGUCAUCAACAAGACCGACCUAGCCGAGGCCGUAGGCGCGGAUUUGGAGGUCAUGCGGCGCGAGGCGAAGGUGAUGCGAGGGGAAGGAGACACGAUCUUCGCGCAGGUCAAGAAGGGCGUCGGGGUGAAGGAGAUCAAGGCACUCAUCCUAAAGCACUACGAGGCCGCCAAGGCUUCAGCGGCCAGCACGUAG